UCAAGCGUCGCGUUAAUGUAUCUCAUGUGUAUACAUUGACUUCCCGUUCAUCUACGGGAAAUUUUCUUUAUGGGCGUCAUCUGUCAAACUCGUUAGCACAGUUCAAAAGUGCUGUAAUAGGAAACUUCACGCUGGAUAUCGAGUUCGCUUAGGGUUUUGUCUGUGUUUUUUCAUCCAUACUUAUGGACGGCAUUUGCUUCGCGAACACAGCACCAUCUCUAAGCCGCCCCUCUCUAACUGCAUAGGCACCGCCUCCGUCCACUGGGAAGAGCUCAGUAGACCAUACGGCACUUGUUCACACACACGCAUGCAGCUUGUGGAUUAAGGCUGCUAGUAUCAACCCUCUUCAUUCCCUUAAUCACAGGUCUGAUGUAAAAAAUGGAUCGCGAGUAUAUUGGAUUCGCCAGUCUGCCGGAUCAAAUUCACCGGAAGACGAUCAAAAAGGGUUUUGAAUUUACGCUGAUGGUGGCUGGCGAAUCGGGAUUGGGCAAAUCCACUCUGGUCAACACCCUCUUCCUGACGGAUCUGUACCAAGACCGAGUUAUUCCACCCGUUGAAGAACGACUGACAAAGACGACUGCCAUUCAAGUAAGGACAGCCGACAUUGAGGAAAUGGGAAUUAAAUUGAGGCUAACUAUCGUCGACACUCCUGGUUUCGGCGACGCUUUAAAUUCUGAAGAAACUUGUCAAGCUCUUUCUGAUUACAUCGACGUUCAAUUCAAAAAAUAUUUCCAAGACGAAAGCGGACUACAUCGUAAAUCAAUUGUCGACAAUCGUGUUCAUUGUUGUCUUUAUUUUAUUCCUCCUUACGGUCGUGGAUUACGAAUGUUGGAUGUAGCUGCCAUGAGAAAGCUUCACAAGAAAGUCAACCUUGUACCCGUGAUAGCCAAGAGCGACAGUCUGACUACCACUGAAUUGAGCCGAUUCAAAUCACAGGUUCUUCAAGAAUUAAAACAACACGACAUUCAGAUUUAUCAGUUUCCUGAAUGUGAUCCCGAUGAGGAUGAAGCCUUUAAGAAACAAGACAAGGAACUGAAAGCCUCCGUCCCGUUUGCCGUGUCAGGCUCGUGUCAGAUUCUCGAGGUCAACGGUCGCCGGUUCCGCGGCCGAAUCUAUCCAUGGGGCGUCGUCGAAGUGGAGAGCCCACUACAUAGCGACCUACAAAAGCUGCGGUCAAUGCUGAUAGAGACCCAUCUAGCUGAUCUCCGCGAUCAGACUCACGAAAUCCAUUACGAGGCGUUCCGGUCGGCCUGCAUAACCAGACUUACCCACAACCUGGUCACCCAGCCACCCCACAGAGAGCGAAGUAAACUCAAACGUGAUUCUAUGCUUAUUGAAUUACCGGAAGACGAGAAUGCUGCGGAUUUGAUACUCCAACAGAAAGAGGAGGAAAUCCGAAAAAUGCAGGAUAUGUUGACCAAAAUGCAGCAUCAGUUGCAAGUACAGCAACGAUCCAGAUCACUUGGAGAAGCUCAGUUAAAGCACGAAUUUAGUCUGUUGAACGUUGACAAAUCCCAGGAAGUUCGUUUAUAGAUACCUGAAUGAGUAUGCUGGCAAUUCACACUCACCCAAAGAUUAUGCGUAAAAUUUGUGCGUACGUUUCUGACCAGCUACAGUAUACUGAUACAUUAUGCACCCCUUCGUCUUUACUUCCACUGUCUGUUUCCCAAAAAUAUGAAGAUGCACGCACAUUGCAUUGUUGUCUCAACGCAAAACUGGUAUGUUUUCCUAUGUCGGAAUUGAUGUACUUUCUCUUUGAACGAAUUCAUCUGAAACGUCACGAAAAAAUGUAGUGUUUUCCUAUUUGUAUAACCUAAAUCUGUUGAAAUAUCGAAACUUAUAUGUUUUCGCUUUUCCAUUUUCUAAAGAUCUUUGAAUAGCAAUAAAAACUGAAUUAGUUCAUUAA